AUGACAAGGAACAGAGGCAAGAGGAAGGCAAAGUCAAAGAAGAAGGCAGCAAAAAAAGCCAAAAGCAACAACAUGAGACAGUCCAGCCAUCCCGUCGCCGGCAGUCAGCGCAUCGCUCGCGACGAACAACAAACCCUGCAUUCUGCAAUGGCCCCUGACGAGAAACCCGGAGCAUCACCCCGAGGCGGCGACGCCAGCCUAACAGUCGAUCGCAGAAAACUUACCUUCAAUCCGUCGGUGAUCAAUGCUCACGAUGAAGGAGAUCCAGAUGUGACUUUGUUGGAUGUCUCACCGGCCAAACCUGGCGAAGAACGCAAUCCGCUCUUCGACGAGGUCUCACCGGUCGAAAGCCGCGGAAUAGAUAUCUUCAAGUCCGCCCCUGCGCGUGGGCACUUGAUAAUUGAGGAGAAAGAAUCGGUCGCAAACUCCCAGCGAAGCCUUGAGGACGUCAUCGCCGACAAUCCAGAUGCCAGGCUGUCCAACCUGGACGGACAGACGCUGGCCUUUGCCGGUCACGCAGUGAGACAAGUCGUCGUGGAAGCGACGUACGGUUUUCUUCAAAGUUGUAUCCCAGAAUCCGAGCAACAGAGGGUGUGGGACCAGAUGUCCGGUCAAGGGAAAGCGGGAAGUCCUACCAAAUCCUCUAUUACCAUACCAGAUGGCAUUAUGGACCUGAAAAACGGAGUGCGGUCUACGUCGGAUCUUAUUGGCAACUGUAUAGGCGUACUCUCGAAGAAUUUCCAAGUCACCGACCAAAAGACCCUCAAGCUAUCCCUGAGCCAGGCCGUGACUCUCUGCGACGCCGUGGGGGAUGAGAAGAGGAGGCAAGCCUUGGAGAAGGCCGGCUACGAGCUCAAUUGGCUCAUGCUGGGGCUCGACUGCAAGACCAUGGAGCUGUAUCGUGGUGCCAAUCGGCAACUUGACAGGAUAAACCUGGACCACCCUGUCGACACUAAGCCGGGCGGAGUGAGCAGUGCUGGAGUAUAUGAUGAACGAAAGGUGGAGGAGCGAAAUGUGCUCCAAUCGAUCAAAUUGGCGCAUGAUGGAUUCAAAGAAUCAUUUCGGGUCCGCUUCAUUGAGACAUUGCAGAGUCUACUGGCAGCACUCUAG